AUGUUAAAGUUCGAAGAAUUUAAAAGCUUCUCAAAGAAAAAUUUCUCAUUUUUUCAAGAACAAUAUCAAAUUAGUAAAAAAGAAUUAAUAAUCCUUUUAAAAUGGUCUAUUCCAUUAAUUGUUUCAAAUUUAUUAAAUAAUGUUUCUUAUUUAUUCGUAAAUUUAAUUUUUGUGGGUAAACAAAGUGCUGAUCAAUUAGCAGGUGUUGCAUUAUCAAAUACAUGGACAUAUUGCACAAUGAGUUUAGCUACUGGUUUAGCAAAUGCUAUGGAUACAUUAGUAUCACAAUCAUUUGGUGCAAAUAAUUUAACAUUAGUUGGAUUGACAUUACAAAGAGCGUCACUUGUAUCGAAUGCAUCAUUUUUAAUAGUUACAGCAUUAUGGUGUAUAACUGAAAAAUUCUUAUUAUUAGUUGGACAAGAUAGUGAAGUAUCUUAUUACGCUCAACAAUAUUCAUUAUUUUUAUUACCAGGACUUUGGUUUUACCUUCAAACAAAUGUUUUACAAAAAUAUUUACAAUGUCAAGGUGUAAUGUGGCCAUCGAUUGUGGUUGGUUUCAUUAUGAAUGCAUUCAAUGUAUUAUUUAACUUUUUAUUUGUCGGUGAGAAUUAUGGAGAUUUCUCAUAUAAAGGCGCGGCAUUAGCCACAUCAAUCUCUAGAAUAUUGGCGUUUUUCUUAAUGUUGGCAGUGAUAAAAAUUUGGAAACUUCAUGAAGAGACUUGGUUUGGAUGGAAACGAGAAUGUCUAAGUUUACAAGGAUUUAAAGAGUAUCUUAAAUUGGGGGGACCAGCAUCCAUCCAGCAUGCCUCGGAAGCCAUUGGUUUUGAGGUUUUAACGAUUUUAGCAGGUUUAUUGGGCCCGGGCAAAGUGCCAUUGGAUGCCCAUUCAGUUACAUAUAAUUUCACACAAUUGACAUACCAAUUCCCAAGCGGCAUUUCCAUAGCGACAUCAGUGCGUGUCGGUCAAUUAUUAGGUAGUAAAAAUGAGUCAAUGGCCAAGAGAGUAUCUUGGAUGGCAUUUGUCAUAUCAUUGAUUUUCAUGGGUAUAAUAGCGAUUAUUCAAUAUACUUGCAGACAUGUAAUUGGCUACAUUUACUCAGACUCUGAGGAUGUAGUUCAAACAGUUGCUAAAAUUUUACCAAUAGCUGCACUCUUUCAAAUUUUCGAUGGAGGUCAAACCAUUUUUCAAGGUGUUGUAAGAGGUAUGGGUAGAGUUAUCACUGGUGCACUUUGUAAUUUCAUUGCGUUCUAUGUGAUCUCUAUACCCUUAUCAGCAGUAUUUGCAUUUCCUUUAGAUAAAGGUGUCGAAGGUUUAUGGUGGGGUUUAUGUGUUGGUUUGGUCACAAUUUGUGUAAUUUUAAUUAUAAUCAUUUUCAGAGUCAAUUGGACCACUGAAAUGGAUAGAGCAUUUGAAAGAACUAAAUCAAUGAAUAUGUCUCAAGCUGAUCUAGAGAAUGGUUUAGAAUUACAACAAAAACAAAUGGCUCAACAAGAAAACAAUUGUGGUUCUUCAACUGAUGGUGUUAGUACAAGUGAAGGUUCACCAAUAACAACUAUUAAAGUUACCACUGAAGCUGUAGUUCAGGAAUCAUACGAUGAUGAUAUAAAUGAUAAAAAUAGUGAUAAUAAUAAUAAAAAUAAUAAAAAAAAUAAUAAUUCAGAUGAUGAGGACGACGACGAUGAAGAUGUUAAAUCAAAUAAAAAGAGAAGAGGUUAUAAUAAUUAUAGAACUUCAAGUCAUCAUCAAAUGAGAACUAAUAGUAAUAAUAAUUUUAGAACAAAUAGUCAUAAUAAUUUUAGAACAAAUAGUAGUCCUGAUUUUAGAAAUGAAGUACCUGAUCAAUCUGUAAAUAGAUGUCAUCCACAAUAA